AUGUUCUCGACGCUGCCGCCGAACACGAUAGACGACCUGCUGCGACAGUCGACGGCGAUCCACGAGCUGGCGACUCGGUUCGCCCCGACGCUGCUCGCCAUGGAACAGCCCAAGCUGAGUCAUCUGGGCAGCGGCCCGAGCACGAGCUCGGGCCAUGGCUUGGGGCCAGGGCCGCUGCAGUCGUGUGGCCGGGGCAGACGCAAAACCUCCACCAACAAUCUGAUUUGUGUCGUCUGUGGCGAUCAGGUGAAUAAUCUGAUUUUUUGGAUGAUUUAUGCAGGGUUUUUUUUCCAAUUGAUUUUUUUCAAUGUGGGAAAACGACUAUUUCACGAAUUAUAAUUUUAUUCGAAAAAAAAGAAUGAAAGUUUGAAGAUUUGGCUAUCUAAAAAAAAGAUAAGCAGGAUAUAGUCCAUUCGCCGCGUUGACAGUUCUCACGUGUCUGCGUCUCUCUGUUCCCUCGAGGUCAGAGAAACUUGGAAAUAGCACGUAAACAUGAGAGGGACGUCGAGAGAUAAGAAGGGCGCAGAGAAAUCCGAAAAACGAAUUAUACAACUCUCAAAAAGCUGAUUCACGGCUAACUCGGGACGAUAAGGGGGCGUGGCCUGUCUGCGCUCUCAACGAGCCAGGCACUUUCUCGUACAUUACCGUGUCGGGACCAUUUUUUCGAUGGCUCAAGCCAGCCCGUGAACAAAAAAUGCCAAAAAAGUAUUUUUAUCUUUUUGAAGCCAUUUUGAGCAUUUUUUCGAGGUUGAAGUUUACUAAAGGACAUCCAUUACUGUCUUAGCUCCCUGAAAAUUCAUUUUUUUAUUUGAUGUUUUUUUUUUGGAGUUUUGUAAUUUUUUCCAAUGAAGGUUUUUUUUUAUAACCAAGUACGAAAAUAUAGAAAGGAUCGUGAUUUUUUUUUUCGGGCUAAUUUUUCCGAUUUGCCAGGCCUUCGGAAAGCAUUACGGCGUGAACGCCUGCAACGGCUGUAAGGGAUUUUUUUCGCAGAAGGUAAAGAUCUUUUUUUCAAUUUGA